GUCUGGGCCUGUUGGUCUAAGACCUCGUGGGGUUGGUGGAGGUGUCGAGACCUGACUGUGCAAGAUCGAUUGGUGUCGGAAGUGUUGGAGACAUGGACAUGUCGGAAGAAGCAGCUGGCCAGUCUAAGAUCCAGGAUGAUGAUUGUUGCAUUCUUACUGUGGACUCAAGCGGUGAUGAAGAAUUUGAGCCCUUUGGAACCAAAAAGAAGGGGCAGAAAGGGAACACGAGCUAUGUGGUGAUUGACUCGGACUCUGAAGAUGAAUACUGCAGUGAUAAAGUCAGAGCUUACAUAUCUGACAUAAGCAGCGAAGAUGAGAUUCUGGAUGUGUUAUCCAAUACUGAGGAGCAGCCUCCUACCAAGGAGCCUCCAAUACUUAUCACUGACGAUGAUAGUGAUUUUGAGGGCCCUGUGCUCAUAAUAGACGAGGAUUCGUGUGAUCAGGGCCCAACUGCCCCAAAGGAAAAAGAGAUGGAGGUCUUCAGUGUCUCCCAGCGCAAUUCAUCUCACGACGUUGGUGAGCCGAAUCUUGGUGAAAAUGUCGGCCAGCCUGCGAACGGCACUGAGGCUGCAGUGGAGAUUGCCGAUGAAGAGCCUGCACCUGUGGUGGAACAACCACAGAAGAGGAAGAGGAAGACCAAGAACGCAUGUGUGACACCCAGUAAGCCGGACAUAUCAGCUGUGAGAGUCUCCAAAAGGCGUGCGCCUUCAAAGAAGAAGCCCGGUGCGGGGAAAAUUGAAAAAUGCAAGACCGGGAAAGUGAUGUGCAAAAUACCUGGAUGUUUCCUGCAUGACCUGGAAAACGCAAAGCAGUAUUCUGGAAGGAAAUUCAAGCAAAAUAAGGACAGCCUGGUUCAGAAAAUCUACGCCCUGUUUAACAGCUCGGUGUUUGAUAAAAAGCUGCCGGAGAAAAUAGAUAUCGGCUGGAAUAAAAAGAUGCUGAGAACUGCUGGCUUAUGCACCACCGGCGAGACCCGUUACCCGAAGAAGCAGCGUUACGCGAAGAUCGAGAUUUCGCUGAAAGUCUGCGACUCUGCAGACCGUCUCCGGGAUACUUUGAUCCAUGAGAUCUGCCACGCAGCCUCCUGGCUUCUCGACGGCAUCCGUGAUUCUCAUGGUGAUGCAUGGAAGUAUUAUGCCAAGAAAUCGAAUAUGGUGCACCCGGAGCUGCCCAUGGUCACUCGUUGCCAUAAUUACAAGAUUAACUACAGGAUCCAUUAUGAGUGUACUCAGUGCAAAACCAGGGUCGGCCGCUAUACCAGAUCCUUGAACACCGAUCACUUUAUCUGUGCCAACUGCAAGGGGCCUCUGGUCAUGCUGCCGCUAACUCGCAAGGAUGGAACCCCCAUUGCACCCCAUGUGAGGCCCUUUGCUAAGUAUGUGCAGGAGAAUUAUAGAACGAUUAAGCAUGAGACGGAUGGGAUAAGCCAUGGGGAUGUGAUGAGGCAGCUGAGCAAGGAUUAUGUCGAUAAGCAAAGGCAGGAUCGUUGAGGUUAUCUGGGGGUGUAUUUCUGUGGGCUGAGCCCCCCCGCCCGCUAAGAAGUUUCAGAAAAAUAUCUCUGUUUCUGAUAAGCGAUGAAUAUUAGGAAUAAUAGGAUUUAAACUGUUUCUUUAUAGCCUCAUACUGUUAAUGAUGAUUGUUCUUAAGAAAGGAUUCUGUUGCUAAGCGAUUUUGUGCCCUUGACGGUACUCACAAGCCCUUUGGAUCCACUCUGGGUAUCAGUUAGUUUUAACAUAGUUCUAACACGUAGAACACAAUGCAGACACAAACUGUGUUUUCAAGAGGGGCAGGUGGAGAGAAGGAGAAGGAUGCUGGGAGGUGAACCAGUUUUAAAGGCAGCACUCCAAGACCAGGGCUGCCAGCAGGUGGAACCUGUGAAAUUUACCUAGACAUAAAAGACAAGCAUAUUUCAGGAAUUCAGCUGCUCUUGAGAUUGAAUAAAGCCGC